AACUAAACCGGAUAUGCGUAUAGUCUAGCUUUACCUGUUUUGUAAAAAUGGCGUCCUCAAUGUUUGCGAGAGGCUUUCGAACCUUACAAGUUUUUACGAGAAAUAAGAACAUUUUUCGGAAAUGUUCACUUUACACGAACCAAUCAUCUAAAAGGUUUCACCAGGCCUGUAAUGGUGGACGGACACCUGCUAUGAUUGGGGUAUUAGCUGCUGCAGGAGUCAGCAUGGUGAAGAGUGACAUGAAGGAAGAUGUAAAGGCAGAAAUUCUUCUUUUAAUGGCAAAAGGAAAAAAGAUCAGCAGUGAAAAAAGGCUUGAUAAUAGUUUAUUAGAAUCUGCAAAGGCGAAGGCUCAACGUGCUUUCAAAAGAGGUCAGAUAACAGAGGAAGAGAGAGAUAUUGUUGUUGUAUUAGCCAAUAAGUAUAUAGGAGAGAAGUUUCUAGAAAAAGGAAUUAUAGAUAAGGCUGAAUCAUCUUUUGUGGAAGCAAUGGAAGUUUAUAAGAAAUUGGGAGUUAGCAAAUAUGAUGAUGCCUCUCUGGAAUUAAUCCUGAGAUUGACCAACUGCUUUGCUCUGAGUGGCAGGGAAGUUGAGGCAAAGGACAGCUUUGAUAUGAUUAUUGACACACAACUAAGGAAGAUCAGGGAUAGUAAAACCAAGUGUCCAUUAAGUACCUACCAGAUACUUUGGGCCACUCUCCAACUGUAUGGCCGAUUUCUGGUCUUAAAUAAGGACUAUGACGAGGCAGAAAACAUGUUCAUUAUUGCAGAUGAUGUCAUGCAAAAAGCCAGUGGGGAGUAUUUUAAUGGGAGACAGGGUAUUUUAACUGACUUGGCUGGUGUUCAGAUUGUCAAACAAGACUUCACUGGUGCUGAAGCAACUUUUGAGAAGGCUGUCAAAAUUGGGGAGAAAGGGAAUUCCCCUGAUGUGUGUUUUACGUACUGUUAUAUGGCAGAUCUUGCUACAAGAAUGGACAACUUAAAAAAAGCAACAAAGAUGUGUAAUAAAGGACUUCAAUUAGCCAAGGAACAUGGUAACAAAGAAUGCCUUAAAAAGGCAGAGCUAUAUUUAGAAAAAAUUCAAGAAGCAAAAGAGAAAAGAUAGGAGUAAUGAAGGUUUUAGGUGCUGUAUUAUAAGUAUUAAUUUAAUGAACUUAUACUGUUAUUUCUUGAACAUUGUCAGCUCCUUUACAUUGCAUGCACAAGGUAAUGAAAUUUAGUAUACAGAUAGCCCGCUCCAGCAUUUUACCAGCGGAUUAUCUGCUAUGUAAUGAUUCCAAAUGCAAGUAUGUGUAUAUACGUAUUGCCUUGAAAAAUAAACAUAUUUCUAUGUCUACUGUUGAGAGAUGAGCUGAAAUGCAUAAAUGUUUGAUAAUUAAAAUAAAAUCUUAAGAUUUUGUAUUGUAAUGAUUUAUUAGUUAAAAGAAGAUUUAAAGGUUAAUUACAGUUCUUAGCUCGUGAGAGGUAAUUAAGACUUCUGUCUUUAUUGUAGGAUUUUGUUUGACAUACACAGUAGUUAGAGAUAUAAGUACCAACAAUUUGUUACCAUGCCACCUCAGUAAUAUUAUACAGUGUAGAUGAAAAAAUCCUGUCAAUUUGAUUACAAUCGGACCUCGUUGAACAUACUCUACUAUUUGUCUGAUUAAGUGGAAGUUAAAAUGUGAUAUUUCACUCUCAGCAGCAGUAACAGUUUGAAUACCUGCUUUAGCGCACCAUUCACUUACAAAACACAAAAGGUUUACACUUAAUAAAACCAUGUGCAUGGACAAAUUUCCGUGUGAAUUUUGGGUUGAAAAAAUAACUUUCUUUUUUAUUUACGUGCCCUUUUGUAAUACACUUUAGAUAGAGGCUUUGGUUAAAAGACUUAAAAACACUAACAAUUUUAUGGCAGAUCAGGGGAGCGAAGAAAGUUUUAUGUUUCAAUUAUUAGUCUACCAUCUUUUCCUGUAAAACGUGGAGGUGUGCUUUUCAGGGUAGGUAUAUGUACAUUUAUUAGGUCAAAUACGGUAUUUGGAAUUAGCUCAAAAAAAAGGUUAGUUCAUCUAGAUCAGCGGGCCAGAACGCUUAUGUCCUGGUUAGGUUUGGCAUCUAUCAUUCGUCUCUGUACUGUCAUCCAACCAUUUGGUGUAGGGAUUUAUAAUUGGCAAGUAGCUUUGUUAAGUGACACCUAACUCUUCAGUCACGGCUGAAAAACGGUAUUUCAGUGACCUUUCUGAUCUUCUCUCUGAUCUUGUUAAUAGCACCAGCGAAUGAUUGUGCAAUGUUAGUUUUAAAUCCUGUGAUAUUUUAUGUGAUUGUGAUAUGUAUAUUUCUUAUGCUGAAAAGGAAAUCAAAGGACAUCUUUUUGCUUCCAAGUUAAACAGCUCUUUUUGUGAUUCAUAUAUAGUCUAUCACUUUCAUUUUGUAGAUGGGUAGAUCUGGCCCUGUGGGUCUUUUAGAUUACCCGUUAUCACAAAAAGAGGUAAAUACAAUAUUGUAAAUCAACUUAUUUUUCUGUGUAAUUAUAAUUUUCGUGUAUUUCGCAGGUGAUUAAAAUUUCAUAGAAAUUAAUCACUGCGAAAUAGUUCCAAUCAAAGGCACAGUACAAGCCUUUUAUGACUGUAAAUUUAAAUGUAAAUAUCUGCAAACAAAAUGUUUUUGCAUGAAUACACGGAAUAAAGUCACUGGGAACAUGAGUUGGUUUACAGUAAACUGUUUUCUCUCUUGCCCUGUUAUAGAUUUGUGAAUGGCUUAUAACAGUGAGUAGGGCUGAGUUGGAUGCCUCACAUGAUUGUCUAUCUUAUUGAAAUAAAACAGACGAAACAUGAUUA